AUGGUGGCGACAAUGGAAUGUGUGGAUAGACCCAAACCCACUCCGAGAAACAAGGUGUCCAAACCGCUCAUGGAAAAGAAGCGACGAGCUCGUAUUAAUCAGUGUUUGGACGAGUUGAAAUCUCUCCUGGAGAGCUACUACAGCAGCAGUAUUCGAAAGCGUAAACUGGAAAAGGCCGACAUCCUGGAACUCACCGUGAAACACCUGAGGAACCUUCAAAAGAUUCAAAGUUGUACUCCUGCUGCUUCUUCUGAGUGUCCCGAUUACCAAAUUGGGUUCCAUAGCUGCCUGGCAAACUUCAACCAGUACCUGCUGAUGGCGGAUAACCUGAACGGGAGCGAGCGCUGGGUCUUGUCCCAGCUCACCAACAAACUGUGCCGCUCUCGGAGGAGAGGAGCGGUCAGCACCACGGACAGCGGCCUGCAGAGCGGCCUGCAGGCUCACACUCAGCACACUGCCCGGAAACUUCUGCCGUCUGCAGCUGGACCUGAGGGGGGAAACACGGCCACAUCUGGAGCUCUGCAGCCCGACUGUGCAAGAGCGGCUUCUUUCCCACAGGGCAGAGGGGCAUUCCAGUCACCAGACAACAAACUUUAUAUUUCUGCGGCGCCCACGCAAAAUGCCGACGGACAAGACUCCAGUCACAAAAACUUUGUCAGCCAUGGGAAUGAAGCUGCAAACACGCAGCACAGUGUGUGGCGGCCAUGGUAG